AUGGCAUCUACACUGUCUUCGUCACUUGCCAUCAUAUACUUCGUUUUCGGCCUCAUCGUCUUUGUUUGUACAGUAGAGGCACUGCCGAUUUCCCCUGCAGGCGAUGGAGCGACUGUCUUGAGAACCAGAUCCCCUAAACCGAGAAUCAUUCCAGACCCCAAUGCCAGUCUAUCAGAUAUCCUUUCCGACCUUGGCCUCCACGUCAAUGUCAACGCUCUCAAGAAUGCCGUGAAGAACGAUAUCGCAGACAAGCUCGGCGAGCCAAAGAACAGGUAUGGCUCUAGCAAUGGCACGGGAGCCAGCCAGAGCACCGCUACACCGACUGCAAGCAACAGCACCGCUUCAGCAACUCCUACCGCAGCCAACACGCCGGAUCUUGUUCAGGAUUUGAUGAACACUCUGACAUCGGCGUUGACAAGCGUUUUGUAUGACAGUGACGAGCAUGGUCUCUCAUGA